AUGUUUCUAAUUUUUUUAUUGACACUAGUUAUUGCUGAUUCAAUUUUUAGCAAAGGAUAUAAAUAAAUGAAUGGGUAGAUUAACAUUGAAACAGAUAUCUUUGACAGAAUUAAUUUGACAGUAGAUCAGAGAUUGAUUAUUACACUUAACAAUUAUUAUUCACAUAAGUUGCCUUUAUUUUUGAUUUGUAGAAGAUCACCUUAAUUUCCAAAAAUUCCAGAUUAUUUUGCAAUUUAAAAGUAAGUGAACAAUUCUAUUGAAAUUAGUAAUCAAUGUGUUUCAGAUCUAAAUUCUUAUGAUUUUGGAAAACCUUCAUAAAAAAUAGUAAUUGAGUUUAAUGAAAGAGAUAAUAGUUUUAUGAAUAUAAUGUAAUUGAAAAAAAAUGCAAGAGCCAAUAUAAUUGUUGUAUUAGAAUAAAGAAGCGAUUUUGUUAUUAAUUUUGACAUUUAAGACAAAAAUGUUUGCUAUGUGUAAUUUAUAAAAUAAGAAUUGUAGAGUAUGCCAAAAUCAAGGAAUGUGUAAGUAAGGAUAAUGUGAAUGUCCAACUGGAUUUAUUGGAAAUGAUUGUAGUAUAGAAAUUUUAGAUUUAUCUAAAUAAGAUGAGUUGGAUCCUGUCUCAAUUUAUUAUUUAAACAUCACAGAAUAAAAUGUAUUAAUAUUUUUUAUAUUAUUAGUCAUUCAGAUUUGACUUUAAUGAAAGAUGUGGUUUUUUAUUUCAUUGUAUUGGGAAUAAUCCAUUUUAUUCAAGAGGAGAGUUGUUAUAUCAAUCUUUUAUUGAAAUCUCGAAGGAAGACAGUUAAAAAUGUAUUGAACAAAUAAAUUCAUUAAAUGAAUAGUUUUCUUUACAUUUAUAACCAUUUUAUAUCUUUGCUUCUAAUAAUUAAGUAGAAAUUUUAUUGGAAUCUUCAGAGAAUUCAAAUAGAAAUACUAUUAUUUACAUUGUAACUUCAAUUGGAUUAUCAUUACUUUUGAUAGUUAUUUUUGCUUGUUUUAAAUGUAAAAAAAGAGCUUAAGUUAAUAAUCUAUUUGCAAAUUCAUCUUCAAUGUCUCAAAAAAUAGCUCUUAUUAGAUAAAUGAAUAAAUUUAUGCCAAUUUAAACAUUCGAAGAAUUGAUUAGAAAAUUUCCUGGUUUAAGUGAUGAUUAAUGUUGUCCAAUAUGUUUAGAAAACUAUUAAUAAGAUCAUAAAAUUCGUGUCUCAUAUUGUACACAUUUUUUUCAUUCAGACUGUUUAGAUCUUUGGAUUGAAAAGAAUGAAGUAUUUUAUAUUCAAUAAUUUAAUAGAAUUGUCCGACUUGUAGAUCUUCCUUAAAUUAUGAAACCCUUAACAAAUUAACUAACACUGAAAAUAAUGAUGAAGGACUAUAUUAAAAUGCAUCUUCAACUAAACAGAUUAGCAAUUAUUCUUCAUAAAAAAAAAUAAGAUUAUAUGGAGAUAACAAAUCAGCCAAUUCACCAGUAGUAACAUUAUGA